UACAAAUAGUCAAAAAUUGAACAUUAUCCGGCGUCAAAUCGGCUAAGAAAUACUCGCUCCUGUUUUGUUUUGAAAAUUCAUUUGUUUUGAUUCGAAAAUAAAUAAGAACAAAAAGAAAACAACUUCAACGUUUCCGAUAAUGGAAUUGGAAAACUCAAAUUGCAACGGAUCCAUAAAACGAAGUCGAAACUUCUCCGAAGAAAUUGGUUCGUUCAAAAUCAUUCAUACCGACUCGGAUGCAGAUGUCGACGAUCAGUCUCUAAACAAGAAGAAAAUCAUAAGUGAGUAUAAGAUCGUCUACAAUGAAACUCGUCAAUCGAAUCGCCACAAAACGCCCAGCAAAGUUUGGAAGUACUUUGCCCUUGCAACCAAGCAUACAGCAAGGGCUGACAGCAGUUUAAAAGAUGAAACUGAUGACAGAGUUCUUUGCAUGCUGUGCUAUUCCAAGGGACGUGUGCACGUUUACAAAAGCAAGACGUCCUCCUCGAAUCUGUGGAAGCAUCUAAAUCGCAAACACGACAUUGAAAUCCCCUCCGAGAAGAUGUUCGCCGUUUGCACAUCCAGUCUCGAUCGGUUUGAGUUUGCUGCUGAAGAAAUCGACGAAGGGAACAGCUCAAUCGAAUACCCUUUACCACCACUGGAAGACGACAACAAUGAUACUCUCAUUAAAACUGAUGAGUUUGAGGAAAUCGAAGAGUACCAAGAGGAUGAUUCAAAUCUGCAAUCUGGUAUUGCCAUUGAAGCGGAUGAAGAGGAAGAAGAAGCCGAACAGAAUGUAGAAGCCAUCCUAAAAUAUGACCUCAAUCCACCGACAUUGACUAUGCAGAAAGACAUUGGAUUAGCAAUUGUAGAAGAAGUCGCUAAACGACCGAUUCUCUACGAGCUACAAUCCAGCAAACUAGCAUCGGUUAAAGCUACAAAGGAUCUCAUGUGGGCUGAGAUUUACGAAGCCCUAGGCCAAAUAAUACCAAUCGAACGAAUCCAGAAAAUUUGGAAGAACAUUCGUGAUCGGUAUAAGAAAAUUCGCAACUUCGAGAGGGAUGGUCAGGAGUGCUUUGCUAAAUAUAAAUAUUACGACCAUUUGGCGUUCUUGGAGGAAGCUGAACAAUUGGGAAGUCAAUUUUCCGAAGUAGAAUUUGAAGAACCAAUCGAAAAAAAACCUCGCACAGAAGACUUUUCUUUUCUCAUUGAACAAACCGAUAACAUGCUAUCGAGUGUUGACGAUCUUGUUCAAAGUGAUCAAAAUUAUACCACCGAAGAUGUUGUUAGUGAAACGAGCAGCAAUUGUAUCGUCAGCAGUAGUAACCCACCUCCUAUAACAGCUACAAUUUACCCGAUGGAAGUGCAUUCCAACAACUUUGAUAAUAUUCCAACAAAGCAACCUGCAUCGCCCAGUCCUGCAGUACAACAGCAACAAUCCGCCAACACAUCAUCUAAUUCGAAUUCCACCGAUCAAAUGGAUGAGUUUGAUUUAUUUGGUAAAUUGAUAGCCAACAAACUCCGCAGUGCUCCUAGGGAUCGAGUGAAUUUGAUCGAAGUGAAGAUAAUGCAAGCAAUUUUGGAAAACAUUUGAAAUGUUCUAUUACAAUGUUCCACACUGUAAAUAUAUACCUAGUUUUUAAUAUUUAUUUAUAAUAUAAUAAAACAAAGAACUGUAUAUAACAUAUAACAAAGUUGAAGGCUCGAAUAAAAUAGUCUAAACUAAUUAUUUUUGGUGGAGCCUUUUCGUUUAAACUCUUA